AUGAAUUCCACUUACUAUUUAGGUAUAUAUGCUGUCUAUGUCUCUCUCGGGGCCAUCCUUGUUCGUCUUCUCACCAACCGAUACAAACGGGGCCUUCAAGACAUCCCCGGGCCGGGCCUGGCAAGAUAUUCUCGUCUGUGGAAGCUAUACAGUGUGUGGAAAGGCAAUCAGCACCAUGUAGAGAUCGAUCUACAUCGUAAGUACGGCUCACUGGUGCGCAUCGGCCCAAACCACAUCUCUGUCGGUGAUCCAAGUGCGAUUCCAAUCAUAUACGGGCUGAAUAAAGGGUUCAACAAGACUUCAUUUUACCCGAUCCAGUCCUUGACAUGGAGAACACAACCCCAAAUGAAUCUUUUCUCGACAAGAGACGUUUCCUAUCACCGUGUCCAAAGACGUAAUAUAGCGAAUGCAUAUAGUCUGUCCUCUCUCCUGGAGACCGAGUCCGCAAUCGAUUCCUGCACCUCCAUCUUCAUGACCCAAAUGUCCAAAUUCGCGGACAAAAAGACGCCCGUCGACCUGGGCAACUGGUUACAAUAUUACGCUUUCGACGUCGUCGGCGAAGUGACCUUCUCCAAAAAGCUGGGCUUUCUCGAAGAGGGUCGUGACGUCGACAAUAUCAUGGAAUCUAUUCAUGGUAACCUCGUUUAUGCCAGUCUAUGUGGCCAGAUUCCGGAACUCCAUAACCUGCUGCUGGGAAACCCGUUGGUCCUCCACUUGCUCCCCGGUCUGGAGAGCUGGAACCAGGUCUUACAGUUCACACUGAAGGCCAUCAACCCAGACUCUCCAUUUAAAGAGGACGGAGAGAUCCACGAGGACCCGGAGUCCGGGAAAGACAUGCUGUCCCGCUGGAUGGCAGUCCAUCGGAAUGAUCCAGAAAGGUUCUCAACAAGGGAUGCCAUCGUGCAUCUCUCGGCAAACGUCUUUGCCGGCUCCGACACCACUGCCAUAGCACUUCGAGCUAUUCUGUAUCUUCUCAUGCGCAAUACAGCCACUAUGACCAAGGUCGUGACGGAGAUAGAUACCGCAGUAAGCGAGAACAGAGUCAGCAAUCCCAUCUCAUACCGCGAAUCCACAACACAGCUUCCCUACCUGGGUGCCGUCAUCAAGGAAGCACUCCGUCUUCAUCCCUCCGUUGGUAUGAUCAUGGAACGCGAAGUCCCCGAGGCUGGAGCUACAAUUUGCGGGAAGCAUAUUCCUGGUGGCACCACUGUUGGGAUGAAUGCUUGGGUGGUAAAUCGGAGUGAAAAUACCUUCCAUGACCCGGAUGAGUUUUUACCUGAACGUUGGUUGGAAAGCUCGCCCGAGCAACUGAAGAGCAUGGAGCAGAGUAUCUUGACCUUUGGGGCUGGGUCUAGGAGCUGCAUUGGGAAACAUAUCUCGUUCCUCGAGAUGUACAAGGUGAUCCCACAGCUGCUGCGCGAAUUUGAGAUCAAAUUACAUGACGAAAAAGAGUGGAAAACGCGGAACAUCUGGUUCGUGCAGCAGCGUGAGAUGAUAUGUGACUUCGUGAAAAGAAGGGAGCUCUUGGAACACUAG